GAAAAGUUCAUUCACAGGAGCAGCCAACAAUCUACAGGGUACAUUUCCUCGACUUGGCGGCAUAUCUGCGGGUCUCGAGACAGCUUGAGGCUGAUGAAGUUGAAGAUCUCUAUUUACACAGCUUUGACAAAGAAUUCCGGCGUGCAAUUGUUCGGAAAAUGCGAUGUGACGAUCAACGGCGACAUCGGACGACCCAUGGCCCAUGCAACAAGUAAUGUUCACGGCUACAAGACUGCUUCGGAAGGGAUUUCGCUCAGAGCGAGCACGAACGAGCGCAGAAGACCACUACAAGCCACGAAGUGACCCAGAAUUGAGUUCGGACAAGCAACAACUACCUUCGAAGUGUUUUCCAUCUACAGCUACAGAUGACUUGCUGACAACCAAUGUGCAGGGAUCUACAGAUUUAUCAGGAUACAUAGAAUGCAAGAAAGUCCCAAAAGUAGCUUCGACAAGUCCUGCGCAGCCACACAGUCCACCCGAGAAGGCAAAGAGUGAAGACCGAAGCCCCAGCAGGCUCGUCGAAGCAGCAGCAGCAGCCUGUUUCCAGACGAAAGAGUUUUCUUUGAGUACAAGUGAACUACUGACUACCGAGUUACAGGAAGCGCCAAAGCUCGAGCAGGUUGAACCAGUGCUAGUGGAAGAACUGCUCGUAACGAAGGUCCCAGUUGAAUUCGAGGCAGAUGACAACACUCAAAUGGGUUCUUUGUUUUGUUCACGUGGAGUUUCUCUGAUGGCUACUGGUGUGUUGCUUCAGGAGUCCUGUCUAAGAGGUCAAGGCGACGAAAGAAGCGACCUCGGAGAUCUAGCAGUCAGCGAAGAUACACAUCAGUUAACCGAUGACCUGUUUGUACCAAAGAUUCCACUCGAGUUCAAGGCAGAGAGGCUCGGAGAACAGCCGAAGCACACAAGAGUUGGAGUCGAAGAGCUCGAAAUGCUCGCAGGCAGCCCCGAAGCGAAAAGGUUGGCAGACGAAGGGAUCAUUGACUCACACAGGGCGCCACAGCGCACGAAUCACACUGGGUCGAAGGUUGUUGCAAGAAGAAUCAGGAUCGAGGAGCCAUCGAGGCUCGUCAUACGAAGGAAGCCGCCAGAAGAAGUUUUUUCGAGUCGAAAUGUUGAGGCACACAGCGAGGAUAGAUGCCCUCGCACUCGAAAUAUUCUGCGGCCGCGCAGUGUCAGAAAUAAAUGUUUUAUUCGAGGAUUCGUCGAGCGAAUCGACGCGCGCACUCGGUGCUAGUAGGACUUGUGCAGAAAGUCCUGCGAUGUUGACUAAGCGGAG